CGCGGGAUUUGGGGGCCUGCCAUGUGGUGUCCGGCGGUGUGCCUAAACUAAAGUAAUUUGUGCGUUAUCGCCAUUAACCUGUAGAAAACGUGUCAGCCUACAAGCAAUGACGAGUAAAAGAACGAAAAAGGGAGCAGCUGUGUCUCAAAAUGCUGAGAAUGUUGCACCAACGGCUACACAUGAGAUGGCCCUUUUAAGACAUCAGUUAGAAGCAGAAAAGGAGAAAGGUGCUUUGAAAGAUGACACUAUUAACCUGUUAAAGGAGGACAAGGCCUAUCUUCAGUCUGAAUUGGCUCGAAAGGACGAAUUUAUCCGGGAACUUAUUUCUAACAAGAAGGAAGAAAUCCCUGGUCCAAGUAGAUAUCUAGAUAUGAACCAUACUCAACAUAAAAGAAAGAAAACCCAGAAACUUGAAAAGUCUGAUGAAUCAGAUGAUGACUCCUCUGUACUGUCAGACUCCUCUGUUGAACUGCCAAACAAGUCCACAGUGCGGAAACACAUGAGGCAAACACUGGUACCCAAAAGUGACCAUGCACGUGUGAGAGUGAAGAACAUCAAAGGCAUUGUGGCAAGGUACAAACUGGCACUAGAGGCUUUCAAAAAGGGGAGCUCAAUGAAAGCUGCCUUUGAGAGCUUGGGACUGGACCGAGCUACCAUCGCCCGUACAGCAGUAGUUGCUGAACUAAAAUUAGCUGCUCCUGAGGCCUUUGACACCAUCGCUCCAUGGAAUGAGCGCGUGGAGAAACUCUCAACAUUUAUUGUAAGAUGUCGUGCCGCAAUCAGCAGUGACAUCAAAGAGAAAAUUUCCAAAAUGAAAAUAGAUGGAGAACUUUUGCCAAUGGCCAAUACUUUCUGAGACAUGUAGUGUGUUAGAGACUUGUUCUCAAUGUUCUUGUUAAUUUCUGGCAUUUCUAUUUCUCAGGAAUUUCUUUUUCAAGCACUUGUAUGAAUGGAAAUUUUGACUUGUUAACAUGUAUUCCUCGUCAGCCAUGUGCAAUGUUGCAUAUACUGUGGUUUGAUGUAAUAUUAAAAAAUAAUGUUGCUGUGUUUUACUAGUAUGCAAAUCGCAACUGUUUGUAUUAAUAAGA